AUGUCCAACCCGGAGAGAGCCAAGCAAGAGUAUGACAGCAUCGCCGCCGACUACAACAACGGGUACGCAGUCACCCGCCCCGGUGUCCUCGAGAGCCAGCUCAUCGGCCUCGGUCUCGGCGACCUCACGGGGCUCACCGUGCUCGACCUAGGCGGCGGCAGCGGCGUCCACGCGCGCGAGGCCAUCGACCUCGGGGCCGUUGCCGUCGAUAUCGUCGACAUCUCGCCCGGCAUGAUGAAGGUGGCCGAGGACAUCGAAAAGUCGCUCGGGCGCGAUGUCAUGCGCUUCUUCGAAGCGGAUGCGGCCAAGCCGCUGUCGCACCUACCGCUGCGCGCCGAGGGCUAUGACGUAGUCAUGGCCAACUGGAUCUUCGACUUCGCUGAGACCCCCGAAGUGCUGGCGGCCAUGUUUGAAAACGUGGCUGGGAACCUGAAGAGCGGCGGCCGGUUUGUCGGGGUCCGUACGGCGAACCCGUAUAGCGAAGUCCUCAGGACGGGCAAAUACUACGUGACCUAUAAAGAGUUUACGCCCUUUCCUGGAGGUGUCAAGUACACUGUGGUGUGUCACUGCGACCCGCCCAUCGAGUUCGACGGGGCAACCCUUGACAUUCUCCGUGCGAGUCCGCCCGAGGCGUACCAGAAAGCUGGAUUGACCGAUGUCGAGUUGGUGCCGUACGAGGCGACGGAGUCUGUUUAG